AUGGGUCACUUGUGCCUUGCUGCAUACCACAAAUAGACGUGGGUCCUUUCUGCCUGCCAAUGGAUUCCCGGGACAUUUUCCCCUGGUAACGAAAAAGGGCUGGGCAUGGGUCCGGUCAGGGACUGGCGAACACAUUUACUCAGAAGUCAGGUUAGGUGCCAUUCAAAGGUGGAGAGGUGAAUGUAGUUUCUCAGCCAACAAAUGCUGAUAGCGAGGAAGAAGACAAAGUACAAAGAGGCGAAACAGUGGCUUGACAGAACAGAAUGCCCUCUGUGAGAGACCGUGUUGCAUCCAUCCAUUGUUUGUAGCAGACAGCGGGCGCGCCAGGCUGUAUGAGUGAGUGCACAUUCCUUAGAGAGCGAGCGACUCGUGUGUAUCUGCUGUGCUUUUUAUUAUUUUCCACUACGAUUUCCCAUUUGAGGGCAGUCACUUUCCAUUAAGGAAAUCUUCCCUGCCACGCGAGCUGUCCAGGACUAACGGCUGUUGAUCAACUUGAGAGAGACUGAGGGAGAGUGAGAUAGAGGGGGAGGAGAUCGUGGACCCCAAAAGGAGGGCAAUUAAGUACAACUCAAGGGUGGAAUUAAAUUUUGCAACGUAUGCCUCUUGCUAAAAAACAAGGAAAGAUUUGUUAGUUGUCACAUGGGCGGUGUCUUACUGGUGCCGUAGGGAGAUUUCUGUCCAGCCCCCUCCCCCUCCUCCCCCACUCCUCAUUCAGCUGCCUCUCUUCCUGCUUUUCCCAGAUAACACCCAGCUCGGACAGGACCAGGAGGCCAGGAUUGUGCCGCGGAUUUCUUGACACCCGCGUGGAAUUUUGCCUGUCUAUCGGAGGAUCCUUGUGGAGGCGGGACCCUGAUCACAGUACCCAGCUGCCCCAGGAGGCAUGGCUGGGCCCAUUACACUAACCAUGUCAAACAGUCUGCCGGACUGCGACCUCAAACCCAUUUACCCCACGGCUAUGCAGGCCAAGGCCCAGACCUGGGACUCACCUGAGGCCGCACCCACCAGCAAGGCAAGGUCAUCGGGGGACUCAAGGCUCUCCCGUAGCUUCUCCAGGUCGGACUCAGACUUGCUGAGCUCACUCACCAGCGAGGAGGAGGAGUACACCUGCAACCCUGGGGAGAAGCGGCUAGAGAGGUCGCCCUCCUACACCUCAGAAUGGGAUGAGAUUGACAAGAUCAUGGACCUGAUUGGUGCUGGAAUCGAAUUCUCCAGGGAGGUGUCACCCACCACUGCCGGGACUGAAAAGGUGGUCCCCACAGAGGGAACACUGCAGGGGGGCACCGGUGUGCGCGGCCUGGACCGGCCCGUCGGGGACUGGCUGGAGCACGUGGGCCUGCCCCAGUACGAGAGCAAAUUCCUGCUCAAUGGCUUCGACGACCUGCGUUUCAUGGGCAGCAAUGUCAUGGAGGACCAGGACCUUAGGGAGAUAGGCAUCAUAGACCCAAGCCACAGGAGGAAGCUCUUGAACUCAGCACGGUCAUUGCCAAAGGUGAAGGCCUUGGGUUGUGAUGGCAGCACUUCGCUCAUUUCCUGGCUGGAUACGCUUGGCUUGCAAGCAUACCUGCCCAACUUCCUGUCUGCCGGCUACCACACCCUGGACUGUGUCAAGAACCUGUGGGAGCUGGAGAUGAUCAAUGUACUGAAGAUCAAUCUGCUUGGCCACAGGAAACGCAUCAUUGCUUCGCUGGCAGAACUGCCCUAUGAGGAGACUCCCGCCAAGCCUUCCCGUCUCUCUCAGAUUAGGUGUCAGGAGCUCAUCUCCCAACCCUCCUCCCCCCUCAGCUACAUGGACUCCUACGCCAGCCGAUCCAUGGACCACCUGCUUCCCGGGGGCGACUCGGCCAGGAGGAGGAGGAGCGACCGGGAGCAGACCCCCUCCCAGCGUUCCCAGAGCGAGAGACCCCGGUCCCAUGACAGGCAGCUUGACAGGCAGCUCGAGCGACAGAGAGAAGGCCGUCUGACCCUGCGCCCCCCCAGCCAGUCGACGCCUUUUGCCCCUGCCCCUGGGUGGCACCACCAGCCCGAGAAGCUCAUCUUUGAGGCCUGCGGUUACGAAGCCAGCUACUUGGGGUCGAUGGUCAUUAAGGAGCUGAGAGGCAUUGAAUCCACCCAGGAAGCCUGUGCCAAAAUGAGGACUGCUGAACAGAAGAGGAAGGUCCCCACCAUUGUCCUCUCCAUCACCUACAAGGGGGUCACGUUCAUUGAUGCAGCCACUAAGAGCAUAAUCACGGAGCAUGAGAUCCGGAACAUCUCCUGUGCGGCCCAGGACCCCGACGACCUGUGCACCUUCGCCUACAUCACCAAGGACCUGCAGAGUGGCCACCACUUCUGUCAUGUCUUCAGCACAGUGGAUGUGAGCCUGACCUAUGAGGUGAUCCUGACGCUGGGACAGGCAUUCGAAGUGGCCUAUCAGCUGGCGCUCAAGGCCCAGAGAUCGCAGCAGCACCGGAUCCCGGCGACAUCAUCAUCGGACCUCAUAGAGACCCGGUCCAGCCAGUCCAUGCCAAAGCCCAGGAGUAGCUCCCGGAAGUCGCCGGAUCCUUUGCUGCUAGAGAGCCACUGCUGUCACUGUCACACCUGUACUACCCAUCGGCCCUCUCAUCUCCCGCUGCGGGCCGUCAGUCCCGGAGAGCAGAUGGACCACGUAGACAAGGCAGCGGAAACACAGUCCUUGGGCAGUGGCACAUGGCUGACUGAGCAGCAGGACCCAAGCAAGCCCACCCCCAGCACCAAGUAUGAGACCACCAUAUUCUGAAAGCCUCAGAUUCUGCUCCUCGCCCCACCUCCUUUCACUGUGACCCCUCCCACCCUCGGAUGACCUUCUCCAAACCUCCAGCUGAGCUCAUGCUAACCCGCUUCAUUGGCACUUCUGUACACAGAGCGCAUCACUGAAGAAAUCCUUGGCAAUAAUCUGGAUUUUGCUAACAGAAGCUCCGCCCCCUUUAAACUGCCCCUCCCAUUAUUAUUUGGGCACUCCAAUUUGAAAAAGAAAAAAAAAAAACAGUUUUUGAAUGAAUUUCGUCACAUGAUUGGUUGCAGAUUUCCUGGUGGUGCUUCGUAGUUGUGGACAUGACACCCCAUUUUAGAACAAGAAAUCAAGACGCUGGAACCUUUUUCUUGCCUUUUGUACAAGUAGCACAUUGGAAAUUCUUACUCGAUAUCAGAAAGCUGAUGUUCCGCACUCAUGCAACGUCUCACGCCAUUUGGACACUGGAACUGAGACUUGCUCUGUGUGCUCAGCUCUAGAGUGUAGCUUUCAUUUCUACUGUGAAUGUUUAGAUACCAAAGCAGCAGAUUUCCCUUUUUCUGAUUGGUCCUCUCCGUCUUGUAGUGACAGGUAGCCUGUCGGACCUUGCUUUACGCUCUGUUCUUGCUCUUCCUCCAGUGUUGGAACGUUUUUAAGGACUCGCUCUUGGUUUUGCUUCCUUCCUUAUUGGAGCACGUUCCACUGUGAUGAGACUUCAUUUAGAGCUUAACUGCUGCUGAACCAUAAAAAUUCACACAAGAGGCACAACAAACCCGUGUCGAACAUUUCUGAGCUAUAGUCUAAGACAAUAAUUCCCAAUCCGGUCCUCAGGGACCGACAGACUGUCCACGUUUUUGCUCCCUCUCAGCUCCCUGUAGAGAGCAAACAUGUAGACUCGGAAGGAGCAAAAACAUGGACCAGCUGUGGGUCCCCAAGAACUGGAUUGGACCUUUAGUUUUUUAUAAACAUUAGAUUAACUUCAGUGCUAAUGUUUCUUCCCAAAGUGUUAUGCUUAUCAUGGAAUGUCCACUAUCUUAAACAAGGUUUAGCAUCUUAUUUACUGCAGGAGUGACAGAAACCGCAUGUUAUGCUGAGUGCAGCUUCUUCCUACGGCUCUCGCAAGCUAAAAAAAAAAAACAUCUUAGUCUCCAUAAGCAGAUGAUUAUGAAUGUUAUUUGAUGCAUCCAGUUUAAAAUAAACAAGAAAGCACAAAGAAGACCAGGCGGUUUGGACUCUGAAGACCCCAAACAGCUUUGAUUUUUGAUUGUGGAUCUUAACCUUCUGAUGUCCAGGUGGCGAGUUUUCAUCCACUUACCUUCCAAGAUUCUGUCCAGGCUCCUUAAGUUUUAUCUGCUCUCUUUGGCUGUGACUCAGGAUCUGUCUGUCAAAAGUUCACUUCAGAGGUAACUAAGAAUGUUCACUUAGCUUUGGUUCGCUGGAUUUGCGUGGGAUUCAGUUAAAACUUUUACUUCUAUUUGAGCGAAGAGAAAUUCACACACUUUUAAUUAAAAGCAAUGAAGGUGAACCUUGAGUUGCCAUUUGCAAUACUUUUGAUCUCUGUGGACGUGAACAGUUUCUGUAAAUCGUGAAAACUGCAAAGCUCUAAGAAGUCUUUGUCAAGCUAAGCUUUCAUGGUGGCAAGGAUGAAAAGAAAAGCAUCAGUUUCAAGUAGCUUUUGAGAACAGGAAAUCCAAACAACUGCCCAUUUUCUUUUCCAGUCAUCAAACUUCCCUAGUUCCAAAAAUAUACAUUGUCAUUAUUCUGCAUAUCGUGUCUAUUUAUUGGGUUUUAACCUGAAAUAAUUUCUUUUGCCUUCAUCGCAUACAUCUCACAUGUCACAUCUGAUGAGCUGAUGAGUUCAUGUCCACAAAAGCACUUCCUGUUUUCUGUGUGUGUGCUUGUAAGUGGCCUCCUUUGACCUUAGUCUAUAUUUUGUUAAAACCUCAGAGCAAAGGCUGCAUUUCCUGGGGCGGGGGGGGGGGGGGG